AUGGCAUCCCUCGUAGUUGGCACAUCCGGUCGUCAGUACGUCCGAGGCAAGGUGCUUCACCACGACGAGCGCAAUAGGCCCACCGUUUUCAAAGCCAUGUGCGGAGACGAGCCUGUUGUUUUCAAGCACGUAUCUGAGUCCAUCUACAGUCACUCUCGGCUCCUCGCGACUGAGCUUGCGGGUGCCAGUCGGCUUCGAAUGCCCAUUGAUACAACGACGACGAACGAGUCGUCGUUUAAUUCGUACUUUACAGACACCUUACUCAGCUUGGUACGCGCCGAUCCCGACGUACCUGCCAACGAGUUGAAGAAGAUCCUACGAUACGCAGGCGAGGGGAUUCAAGAAUUCCACGUCAAAGGCUGGCUCCAUAACGAUACAAGCCGGAUAACAUCUUCGUCAACUGGACACACGCCGCAGAUAACAACAAGAAGGUCCCUCAGUGCGACUCUGGGGGAUUUCGAUAUUUCCUUCAAGCCAGAAAGGGAAACGCCUCUUCGAACGAAACAUCCGCUGGGGAAUUUCAUGUGGCGAAGCCCAGAAGGACAAACCGGAAGUGGUGUGACAAAGGCAUCCGACGUGUUUUCUUUUGGACUGGUGUGUAUCUAUGCUCUUGGGGGUGCUGAUUUGCUGCUUCUCGAGGACGACCAGGAGCUGGCGGAGCUGGCGGCAAAUGGUAUAAGUCCGGAACAAGCGAUACUGACUCGACACUUUUCGUACUUCGGGCCCGCGACCACGGGCCUUUUCCAGCAGGUCGACAGUCACUGGCAUGACGUUUUAAAGGGCGUGUCAGCCGAUGCGGUGCGUGCAUUGAGAGACUUCCCGGACCAGAGAUUCGAGGUUUGGGGAAAGGCACUUGGUCCUAUGGCACUCGACAUGAUAUCUGGCAUGACGAACCCAGAUCCAACGGCCAGACCGACCAUCAACGAAGUAUUGGAGCAUCCGUGGUGGGAAGAGCCUUAG